AUGGAAUCCUCGUCCGAAGAUGAUAGUCAAGGCGGUGACGGCACCGAUUCCGGGUCGAAUCAAAAGAGGGAGCUUGCCAUUUGUACGGUGUGUGCUUCCAUAUUAGUUGUCUCAGGGUCGAAUCGGUCAUGGGCUCCCGCGUUGGCCAUUGAAGAGGGGCAAUUGAAAAGUGAAUAUAGUCAUUUUGUUGUAUGUGAAAAGGGUUAUGCCACCCUAAUUACAGCUGGAUUGAAUGACAAGGGUUCUGCCAUUGGUGAUGGUAAAUCAAGCUCCACGGCGUCGGCUUCCAUAAAUCAAGCUCCACGGCAUCGGCUUCCAUAA